UCCAUCUUCAACAAAAUAUUUUCCCAGAAAAGAAUCAAUCCCCCACUAAAAUCCAUUUUCUUUUUUCAUCUCUUUUGACUCAAAAAUGCCAAGGUUAAAGCAGGGCUUAUGCAAAAAAUAGAAAGUAGAGAGAGAAAGCUACAAACCUUUGUUGUGUUUAUUUUUUAUUUUUAGAGAGAGAACAGAAGAAAACAGUGAGUGUUGUGCUGAAAACGGUUUUGCUUACCUCCAAAUUUGUGUUUGUUUGCAUUAUCUCAAUCCUCAUCAUCAUCAUCAUUAUCAGCGAAAAUCUCGUGUUCGAAUAGCCAUGUGGCGUUACUCGUCACGUUUGCGAAUUUGUAAUUUAGUCGGAUUUGAACCGAUCUCUUCAACCGACUGACGGAGAUUUCUAGACGAUUGGAGUUGUUUAUAUUUAUUAAUUUUGUUCUAUAUUUAUCAAUUUUCGAUCAUUUGCUUUGCUUGCUUGGUGAAUUCUCUAUUGGUGUUUUUUUUUUUAUUGAUUUAAUUAAUCGGUGUGGGAAAGAAAAUGAAUGUUGGUGGUGAUGUUGGAGCUUCGGCGGUAUCACCAGCUCAUUUGGAGUGGAAAUUCUCACAGGUUUUUGGUGAACGUGCUGCCGGCGAAGAAGUUCAGGAAGGGCAUACGUCAAUACUCCGUGGGAUGGUUGCCCAGACAGACAAUCCAAAUCCAUACUGGCUGAGAUGCCUAAAUGGUCAAGUUGAUGUCAUCUCAGCUAUUGAGUUUGAUAGAACUGGUGACCAUCUUGCCACUGGGGAUCGCGGGGGUAGGGUGGUAUUAUUUGAAAGGACCGAUACAAAGGAGCAUGUUGGAAGCCGAAGAGAAUUAGAGAGAAUGGCUUAUCCAGUCACCCGGCAUCCCGAAUUCCACUACAAGACAGAAUUUCAAAGCCAUGAGCCUGAGUUUGAUUAUUUGAAGAGUUUGGAGAUUGAGGAGAAGAUCAAUAAGAUCCGGUGGUGCCAAAUGACUAAUGGUGCCCUCUUUCUUUUGUCUACGAAUGAUAAAACUAUAAAGUUCUGGAAGGUCCAAGAGAAGAAGGUUCAGAAAAUAUCUGACUUGAAUGUGGAACCUUACUUAGGUGUUGCAAAUGGCAGCAUGCCCAGUUCAAGCGUUUCUUCCAGUCAAAAACAGCAUCUUGCAAAUGGCUGCUACACAGAUGGAUCUUCCCAAUGUUUAAGCAAUCAUUUGUCAUUUCCACCUGGGGGUCUUUCUGCAUUGCGCUUACCUGUGGUUACUAGCGGUGAGAGCAGCCUUGCUGCUAGAUGUAGAAGAGUGUAUGCCCAUGCACAUGACUAUCAUAUCAAUUCUAUUUCAAAUAACUGUGAUGGGGAAACAUUUAUAUCAGCUGAUGAUCUCCGUAUUAACCUUUGGAACUUGCAAAUAAGCAAUCAAAGUUUCAAUAUUGUUGAUCUCAAGCCUGUAAAUAUGGAAGAUCUAACUGAGGUGAUAACUUCAGCUGAAUUUCACCCUACUCAUUGUAACAUUUUGGCUUAUAGCAGUUCAAAAGGAUCAAUACGUUUGGUAGAUAUGCGGCAGUCAGCAUUGUGCGACUCGCACUCUAAACUGUUUGAGGAACAGGAAACUCCUGGCUCAAGAUCCUUUUUUACCGAGAUAAUUGCUUCAAUUUCAGAUAUAAAAUUUGCAAAGACUGGAAGAUACAUACUUAGUCGUGACUAUAUGACCCUUAAGCUAUGGGACAUAAACAUGGAUUCUGGUCCAGUUUCAACUUUUCAGGUUCAUGAAUAUUUGAGACCAAAGCUGUGUGAUUUAUAUGAGAAUGAUUCCAUCUUUGAUAAAUUUGAGUGUUGCCUUAGUGGUGAUGGUUCACGGGUAGCAACUGGAUCUUAUAGCAAUCUGUUUCGUGUGUUUGGUUGUGCUGCGGGAAGCACGGAAGCAACUACAUUAGAGGCGAGCAAAAACCCCAGACAAGUGCAGACCCCUUCGAGGCCUUCCAGGUCCUUGGGCAGCAGUAUAACGCGUGUUGUCAGGAGAGGAUCAGAAAGUCCUGGGGCUGAUGCUAGUGGAAACUCGUAUGAUUUCACAACCAAACUGCUCCACCUUACAUGGCAUCCAACUGAAAAUUCAAUUGCAUGUGCUGCUGCAAACAGCUUGUACAUGUAUUAUGCAUAAGUCAUGAUAGGAGGAAUCGGAUUCUCUUGGCAGAAGGCUUCGUUUCAAAGAAUGGACAAUUUAGCAACGUACUUUGUCAACAACCCGAUGCUCUAGUUCUUGUUCUCUUCUUACCAUAUUCUCCCUCGCCCUUGUCGAAAUUCCCUUUGUAUCAAGUUAACGUCAGGACAGAUGUCAUUAUAGUUCUCCCUUAAGCAAACUGAUAGAUGUGCAGAAAAUGUCUCUAGCUUUAAGGUAAAUGCAGUUUUUUUCUCUAGAUUAAGGUAAAUGCAGUUUUAUUUGAAAUCUUGCUGGAAAAUACCUGCGGGCUAACUUUAUUGGGUUAGAAUUAUAUUUUUUAGGGUAA